CCCUUCGAAACCAGGAUUCAGGCCAAUCAGAGCAGAGCAGGCCAAAGCCCGACCUGUUCAACAUCUACCGUGGUACACACGUAGAUCGAGUUCUCAAGAUCCAGCCUUUUAAUACAUCGCUUUUCGCAACUCGUAAAGAGGCUGGCCCUCAGAUACCGUGAAAAAUAAAUCUAAUAAUCUAAUAAUCUAAUUUUAGAGCGACGCAAUGGCAUAACCCCUGUUGCUGGGUAUCCCGAGGCCUCCUCAUGUAACUCGCGCCUUCCAUCCCCCCAACCAUCCAUACCAUCCUCAAAUGAAACGGAGUGAGGCCCCAUUCGAGUCUCGUUAGUCGCCGGCCAAUGUGACAGCCUUGUAAGAGGGGCGUAUUUCACCAAGAUGGCAAGAACCAUCCAUGUCUUGGAUGAGUACUAUCUCGGCAUAACGGCUCUCAUCACGGUUGGAUACCAGUUGGCAUUCUUCGUCGUUGCCUUCUCCUUCAAAUUCGACAAGCUGACGGACUUUGCAGGCGGCACCAACUUCAUCGUCCUAGCCGCCGUGACCCUCUCCCUGGGCGGCGGCGGGGCCGACGCCCGCCAGGUCGUGGCCACGGCCCUCAUCGCCGCCUGGGGCGCGCGCCUCUCGGGCUUCCUGCUGUUCCGCGUCCUGCGGACGGGCAAGGACGACCGCUUCGACGGCACGCGCGACCGCUUCUUCCCCUUCCUCGGCUUCUGGGUCUUCCAGAUGCUUUGGGUCUGGACCGUCUCGCUGCCCGUCACCGUGCUCAACUCGCCCGCCGUCCGCGGCCCCGCCUCUACGCCGGCGCCGGCGCCCGCCUUCGGGACCCCCGGUGACGUCGCCGGCGUCGUCAUGUUCGCCGUCGGCCUUGUCGUCGAGACCGUGAGCGACGCGCAGCGCUUCGCUUUCAGGUCGCGCAACGACAAGAAUGCCGUCUGCGACGCCGGCCUGUUCCGCGUCUCCCGGCAUCCGAACUACUUUGGCGAGAUCCUCCUCCACUUUGGUAUCUUCACGAUCGCCGUCUCCGCAGCGACCGGCCACAUCAGCGGCGCCGCCCGCAGGGCGCUGUACGCCACCAUCGCGGGGCCCAUCUUCAUCACCCUACUCCUGAUGUUCGUGUCCGGCCUUCCGCUGUCCGAGCGGCCGGGGGCCAAGAGGCGGUACGAGGGCGCCGCCUCCGCCGCCGACUGGGACGCCUACGCGCGCUACCUGCGGCGCACCAGCAUCCUCAUCCCGUUCCCGCCGGCCGUCUACGAGAGGCUCCCCGUCCUCCUCAAGCGGACCGUGUUCCUCGAGUUCCCCAUGUACGUGUUCGACCCCGCCAAGCACGCCGGACCGGCCAAGCCGCCUGCCGACGAGGGCGUGGGUGCAGGGUCGGCCGAAGCAGGGCACUGAGGGGUUGGUGGGGGAGGCUGAGUCACGGCAGGGUCGGGGUUGAGGGUGUUUGGUCUGGCUUAUCCAUCCAGUUACGCUGUAAUGUCUGUUGCAAAAACGCUGCGAAUAGUUUCCAUGGUAUUGUUGAAAAAAAAAAAUAGAAUCAAAGCUUUUCCCCCAUUUUCGCCCCCUUUUUCGUGUUUUUGUUCAAAUCUAUUAACAACCAAGAAUGGAAAUCCAGCAUACUCCCUUCCGCUGGAAACACAUAUAUAGAGAACUGCAGGCACACUAUCAGACCAUAUCAGCAGACCCGGCUUAGCUCGCACGCACCAGACAGCGGCUUGCCAGGCACGGCCUCGGCAGCAGACGAGCAAUCAUCGAAGACCCG